AUACAUAAAAAUGAAACCGUUUAUACUCGAUUGACGUACUAGUUAAUUCAGUUUAUUGGUAUAUGUCACGAGAUCAAUAUGUUAUAGAUAUAAUUUUUCUGCAAGUUUUAUGUUUUCAAUGUAUUCGAUAACUUUAAACUACUUAACAAAACCAUUUUUAUUUUUUGAAUAUUUAAUUGAAUGUUGGACAUAAAAAAAGCAGUUCUCUAAAAUAAUAAAUCGUACUGGCCGUUUAGAUAUAAUAGGUCAAACAAUCGUAUCGUUUCUACAAGUAUGCACAAAUAGAUGGAAUCGUGUACUGGACAAUAAUUCAAUAUGUAGCAAUUCUAAUCUGAUAGAUUCAUAAGAAAAUAUUAAAUUUACACAUCCAAAAGUGUGCUUGAUAAAUCAAUUAAUGUCCUGCGUUGUGUAAUUAACAAUUCGCGAUAAUUAUAGGAUAGCAUUUGUUCGUAAAAAAUAUUAAUUAAUUCUCUUCACAUUUAUUCUUUCCGCCUUGAAUCGCGAAAGGUACGUAAUAAUAUGGAUUUUGCAGAUGUGCUUCAUUAACAAUUGAAUGAGUAAAGUGCGUAAUAUAUUUUCAGUCUCUUACAGCGCAAACAAAGCCAGCUGUUACACAAGGCUGAAUACAGUUACGUUGUAUAUAAAAGAGGGAAACAUUGAGUGGCCUCCUCUAUCUAGUUUGUAAUUCGAUUUGGAUUUGAUUUGCGACAGCGAGGAUGAAGUUAGCUAUUCUGCUCGCUGCGGCCGUCAUCGCCCAGCAGGCUUGCUGCGACGAGCCUGAACGGAUCGUGGGUGGCGAUACAGCUACAAUUGGUCAGUUCAGAUAUCAAGUCUCCCUUCAAUCUUAUGGUGAGCACAUUUGCGGAGGUAGCAUCAUUAGCAGCACACACAUCCUCACCGCUGCUCAUUGCGUAGACGAUGAGUUUUACACGGAUGACAUGGUUGUCGUAAGCGGAAUCGACAACCUAUUAGCAGCGGGAGGCGACAGGCACGACAUCAAAUGCAUUCGAAAACACCCAAACUACACUGGUGAAAGGGACGGUGGCUGGAAGGAUGAUAUCGCCGUGAUCACUCUGAAGAAACCGAUCAAGAUAAACUGGGCGCAAGGUCCGAUUCCCUUAACAAGUAAGAACCAUGUUAACGGCGAUAAGCGGGGUAUUGUGAGCGGAUGGGGAAAAACGAAAAUAAGUGGAUCUUCCUCGCCAAUACUUAAAUGGCUUAGCGUGAACGUUUUGAGCCAAGAACGCUGCCUGAGUGGUCACAAAAAUCCACGCACCAACGAGAAUCAGAUAUGCACGCUGGAAAAAGUCGGGAAGGGCGCUUGUCAAGGUGACAGCGGUGGGCCGCUCGUAGUCGACGACGAGCUCGUCGGUGUCGUUUCUUGGGUCUUGCCCUGCGCUUUGGGAAUAUCUGAUGUUUACACUAAUGUUUACAAGUAUCUCGAUUUUAUCAAAGAAUCGCAAUUAUUGUGCUGAUAAUCUGCGUUUAAAACAUUGCCUAUUUCUACAUAUUAACGUUCUCCACUCUUUUAAGUAAGCCGACAUUCCGUAGCAACAGUAAAUAAACUAUGUUACAGUCCAAUGGAAUUCUAAAAGCUUCCACGUUUAAUGAGUAGUGAAAUAAUGAAAGUUUAAUGCUGAAAC